GGCCCUGUUGGACACCGAACAGGUGUAGAAGCUACACCGAAGCGGCGGCGCUCCUGAGAAUCUGGACUGCGGCGCAGGAAUGGCUCUGGUGAAGGGGCUGCUGCUGUGUCUGCUGCUGAGCACAGGUGGGGCAUGGGCAUCCAAGGAGCCACUUCUGCCGCUGUGCCGCCCCACCAAUGUCAUGCUGGCUGUUGAGAAGGAGGGCUGCCCCGUGUGCACUGCCUUCAACACCACCAUCUGUGCUGGCUACUGCCACAGCAUGAUGCGGGUGGUGCCGACUAUGCCGGCCUUACCCCAGUCGGUGUGCAACUACAAUGCGCUGCGCUACACCUCCGUCCGGCUCCCUGGCUGUCUGCCCGGCGUGGAUCCGGUGGUCUACUUGCCCAUGGCUGUCAGCUGUCGCUGUGGACUCUGCCGCCGAAGCUAUUCUGACUGCGGGAGUUUCAGGAACGAGUCCCUGGGCUGUUACCACCCUACCCUCCAGGACUCUUCCUCUAAGGACCCUCCCAGCAACCUUACAAGUCCAUCCCAACUCCUGCAGCCAGCAGACACUCCAUUAGUCUCACAAUAAAGGCUUCUCAAUCCGCA